AUGUCGCGGUUUGUUAAGGCCUACUUGAAGGCCAAGAGGCUAAACCACCGCCAAACCCCCUCGCCCUUCACUCCCAAGUUUUUGGAGUUGAGCAAAGAGCCUUCAGUGCCUCCGCCUUUAAGAGAAAGGCAACAGCCGCAGCGCGUGGACUUGGCGAAGCACUUGAACAUAAAGGAAGGAGAUUUAGUGGAGGUGCUGCACGGCCGCGACCAAAACCGCCGUGGAAUUAUUUUGAAAAUAAACCACCGGAGAAAUACCGCAAUUGUGGAGGGAUGCAAUCUUGUAAGUGUUCUUAACAAUGGCUAG